AUGGGGCAUUUCGAUAUCUUCAUUCUUCUGGCCAUUAUUUGGAAGCUCCGUCAUAUAAAGGCAUAUUUUCGGCAUCACUGCAUCCGCACUCGGCCUUUCCCCCUCCGUCUCCUAGCGGCGCCCGAAGCCCUCCUAGACACAGGCCGAAUGCACCGAUUACCAUCCGUCAAAUACGUCAACAUCGUCGGCGUCCUUUCCGGCACGGUUCUCACCGAGCUGAAUUACUUCGUGAAUAUACUGCCCAAGUUCGAGGACCGAUGCGUCCGUAUGAAGUCCGCUUUUACUCUGAACGCAAUCACUAUACUCUCCAUCCUCAUGACCAUCGGUCUCUUGGUGAUGGCUGGGGUGAUUCACGACGGUGUCGUGCUGGUCCGGGUCUCUAGUAUAGCGUUAUCUCCUUGCACGGCACGUCUCUCGGCUUACUGGUCUCCGAAGUUAUCGGAACGGAAAGACACGGCGGAAGUCCUGGAUGGGAAUGUUGUUAUUCAUACGCGCGGGGGAGCCCUGAUUGCGGUGUAUGGCAAGCAAGAUGGGAAGUCGCGGCAGUUCUUUUUGGCGGCUAGUACACUCCUCCUGAUGGCGUCUGUGAUUAAGCUCAGCAAUAGCAGCGGGAAGAUGCAGAUUGCCGUCGGUGCGGCGUAUUUUACUCUUAAAUUUCUCACCUGGGGUUUGGCGUGGGCGUUUGAACCCAAGGAUAUCUGGGAUAUGGAAAGGAAUCAGCCGUUGGAUGCAGAUGCGCCGGUCGCACCUCAGCCCACGACAAUGACACGAGCAUUAUGGUAUGCCAUACGACAUACAAAGGGGAUCGCCUGGGAAGCGCACGAGAAUGCUGAGAAAGGGAACUGGGAAUGGCCGGCAGUGGAAAGAAAGAACGAACUAAUGGCUCAGGCCGAUCAAGCCAGUCAGCAGCGGUUACUAGAGUCAGAACCGGGUGCUUGGUAUCCAAAAUGGGGCGGCUAGACCCAACACAGUAGACAGCAAAGAGCAAGAAUUGGGCGAAGAAUCCACCCAUUGACUAGCUCAGGUGUGCUUAUGCACGAAUCGAUCACUAUUGUCCCUAUCUAGGUCGGAUAGUCGAC